CGCCCUGGUUUCAGAGGCGGCAGAUGCCUCUUCGAAAUAACAGCCAACAGUCGUCUACUUGCGACCUGUUUAUAUUCUCAUACUGCUGAAGAGGAGCUGUUGGGAUGCCAAAGAAGUUCCAGGGCGAGAACUCCAAGGCGGCCACAGCCAAAGCCCGUAAGGCCGAGGUCAAGGCGGUGGCAGACGCCCGCAAGAAGCAACAGGAAGAGGAUGCUUUGUGGCAAGAAACCGACAAACUUGUUCUCAAAAAAGGGCAGAGAAAGGAUGACAAGGAGAAGAAGAGGCUCGAGCUUUUGGAUAGGAAAAAGGAAAACCAGCGACUUCUGGAUGAGGAGAGUUUGAGCAUAAAAGGCAGAGCCCUGCGGGAGGCUGGACCUGGAGGAAAAGUGACUCGUGCCCAGAUCGAGGAGGUGCUUCAGAACGAACUACAGCAACAGCAGGAGCAGGAGCUCCAGCCAAAAGAAAAGAGCCAUCUGGAGAUCCCACUGGAAGAGAACGUGAACAAAAUUAUACUUGAAGAAGGAGCCGUGGAAGCCAGAACAAUAGAAGAUGCCAUCUCUGUGCUCAGCGCGGGGCCUGAGGACGUGGACCACCACCCGGAGCGGAGGAUGAAAGCAGCAUUUGCUGCCUUUGAGGAGGCUAACAUGCCUCGCCUAAAACAGGAGAACCCUAACAUGAGGCUGUCGCAGCUGAAGCAACAGUUGAAGAAGGAGUGGAUGAAGUCGCCAGAGAACCCCCUGAACCAACGCUUUUCCACCUACAACUUAAAAUCCGUUGGCCUUUAGCCAGCAGUGACUUCAAGGUCCUCUGAUCCUAUCGUUGUAAAUGGAAGGUGACCUCUGAAAAACGAGGACUCGGGUUGUGAUCCAAACACUCGGAGCUGCAUUGGUGCUGUGUUUAAAGUGUGGGCUCGUGCUUCAGUGUGCAUGACUACAACAAACCUGUUUUCGACACUGCAACAGACCUGCCACGUGUGGAGUCGAUCGGAUGAGCGGUUGUCCAGAAACUCGAAGGACAGACGUGCACACAGACGGAGGCUCCUUCAAUUCUGGUCCAUUCCAUUAAAACAAACAUUUUAAAUCCAGUUCAUUCAAACAACAAAAUGAAUAUAUUACUUGUAUUGAAUAAAUUGAAUAAAUUACUUGUUUUUUCGCAUCCCUAUCAUUUGCAAUUAAUGUAGGAUUUUGUUUUAGACCCGGCCAUGUGUCAUACCAUAGUUAUCGCUAUUGAAUUGCUU